UUCUCAUCUCAGCUCAGCUCCAUCACUCCACUCAUUUCAGGAGGCAGCACACAGCAAUAGAUAGGUUUUGUCGUCAGAAGAUGAACGGAAAGAAGGGCAACAGCAUUCGCAUCGAUAUCGGCUUGCCGUCGAGUGCAGUGCCACGAGAAACUGCGAGGAAAUCCGGGAGCGGAGAAGGCGACGAGGCCAUCACCAUCCCCCUGAGGAAAUGGAUGAUGGAGGUGUGGCAGUUCGCCAGGGAGGACACCAACAGGGUGACCUUCUCGCUCAAGGUAGGUUUGGCCUGUCUCCUCGUAUCGCUGCUCAUCCUCCUCCGAGCUCCCUACCAAGUCUUCGGCGCCAACAUCAUCUGGUCCAUCCUCACAGUCGCCAUCAUGUUCGAGUACACCGUCGGUGCAACCUUCAAUCGAGGGUUCAAUCGAGCACUAGGGAGUUUACUGGCAGGGGUCUUCGCCGUCGUGGUGAUCCAAGUGGCCAUGUCCAGUGGCCACGUCGCAGAGCCUUACGUCAUUGGCCUCAGCAUCUUCCUCGUCGGAUCUAUUACGUCGUUCAUGAAGCUGUGGCCGUCGUUGGUGCCUUACGAGUACGGCUUCAGGGUGAUCCUCUUCACCUACUGCUUGAUCAUCGUGUCGGGAUACCGCAUGGGUAACCCGAUCAGGACCGCCAUGGAUCGGCUCUACUCGAUCGCCAUAGGCGCUAUCGUCGCCGUCCUCGUCAACGUCCUCAUCUUCCCGAUAUGGGCCGGGGAGCAGCUUCACAGGGAGCUCGUCGGCCACUUCGACUCCGUCGCCGACUCCCUCGAAGAGUGCGUGAAGAAGUAUCUGAGCGACGAUGGGUCGGACCACCCGGAGUUCGCGAAGACGGUGAUGGACGACUUCCAGGACGAGCCGGCGUUUCGGAAAUGCCGGUCGACGUUGAACUCCUCGGCGAAGCUCGAUUCCUUGGCCAAUUCUGCAAAAUGGGAACCUCCACACGGGAGAUUCAUGCAGAUGUUCUACCCGUGGGCAGAGUACGUCAAGGUCGGCGCCGUGCUUCGGCACUGCGCUUACGAGGUGAUGGCACUGCAUGGCUGCCUUCACUCGGAGAUACAGGCGCCCUACAACCUCAGGUACACAUUCCGGACCGAGAUCCUCGAUGCCACGAACCAGGCGGCGGAGCUACUGCGGAGCUUGGCCAAAGACCUCAGCAACAUGAAGCACAGCCUCCACACCAGCCUACUCAAGCGUGUCCACGCCUCGACCGAACGCCUUCAGCGCUCCAUCGACCUCCACUCCUACCUCCUCACCUUGAGCCACGACGUCUGUGAUUGCUCGACCAAACCACCCGCUAAACUCUCCCACGUCUCGUCCUUGAACGGCACCGACGCGGACGGGAAGAAGGCCGAGGCGGAGACGUACCACGAGACGAUGAAGAAGCAGCAGAGGCGGCUCCAUUCAUGGCCGUCGAGGGAGGUGGACGACUUCGAGGAGGACAUGAGCGGGGAGUCGAUUCCCCGGAUGCAUGCGCUGGAGAGCACGGCCGCGCUGUCCCUCGCCACUUUCACGUCGCUGCUCAUCGAGUUCGUGGCUCGCCUCGACCACCUGGUGGAGGCCGCCGAUGAGCUCGCCAAGUUGGCCAAGUUCAAGCAGGAGAUUGCAUGCUAAACAUGGACUGCACCAGUCUCUCGCCCUGUUGAUCUUACACAUGUAAUAGAAAUUAACAUUCUUCGAACAAAGAAUGGUAAAGAAGCACUAAUAUGUGUCCCCA